GUAACACUGAAGAGGCGCGGUCCCAGACAGCGCCGCGAAGGAAAUCAUUUGCGACGUCGCCUAGGACGUGGUGUCUACGAUUUGUUGUCAUGAUGUUCACCUUGGUGCUUCUUGUUCAGCUUUGGUCUGCUUUGAUUCGUGCAACGCAUGCUAUUGAGCCUGGUCCCCAAGGAGACUGCGACACUCCAGACCGCGGAUUCCAAUGCAACAGCUCAAUAUCUCACAACUGGGGCCAGUACUCCCCAUUCUUCUCGGUUCCGUCCGAGAUCGAUGCCUCUGUUCCAUCAGGAUGUGAGGUCACGUUUGCCCAAAUCCUUUCACGGCAUGGCGCCCGGGAUCCAACUGCCGGCACAAGCGCGGCUUACAAGGAAAUGAUCAACCUGAUCCAGUUGUCGGUGACAAACUACGGCGAGGGCUUUGAGUUCAUCAAGGAUUACAAGUACACCCUGGGCGCAGAUCAGUUAUCCGAUUUUGGGCGCCAAGAAUUGGUCAAUUCAGGGCUGAAGUUUUAUAAUCGGUACCGGAGCUUGGCACGGAACAACACACCCUUUUUCCGUUCCGACGGGCAGCAGCGCGUCCUUGAGAGCGCUCAAAAGUGGGCAGAGGGAUUUCAUCAAGCUCUUUUGAACGACAGCGGGAGGGCUGGUGGCCCCAAAGACGCGUUCCCUUACAAGAUGGUCGUAAUCUCUAACGAAGACGGCACAAACAACACGCUGAACCAUAACCUGUGCACGGCUUUUGAGAACUCAAAGUUCGGCAAAGAAGCCCAAAACGAGUUUAGGGACAAGGCCAUGGGCGCUAUGACAGAGCGCGUGAACAUAGGUCUAGAGGGUGCAAACCUCACGACCAAGCAAGCCGUGCAGCUCAUGGAGCUCUGCCCAUUUGAGACCGUGGCGGAUCCCCAAGCCACCCUGUCCCAAUUCUGCACGCUGUUUACGGAGCAAGAAUGGGAGACAUAUGACUACCUCCAGACGCUCGGAAAGUGGUACGGUUACGGUAAUGGCAACCCCUUGGGCCCGACGCAGGGGGUGGGCUUCGUCAAUGAGCUGAUCGCGAGGCUGCUCCAAAAACCCGUCCAAGACCACACCAAUACCAAUUCGACGCUCGACAGUGACCCGUCGACUUUCCCGCUGGACAAAAAGCUGUACGCCGACUUUAGCCACGACAACGACAUGAUGGGCAUCUACGGCGCGCUGGGGAUCUACAAUUCCACGGGCCCGGAUUCGGUCCCCAAGGACAAGAGAAAGAGCCCACAGGAGCUCAGUGGAUUUUCGUCCAGUUGGGCGGUACCGUUCGCGGCGAGGAUGUAUGUCGAAAAGAUGACGUGCUCGGGGCAGAGCGAGGAGCUGGUGAGAAUUUUGGUCAACGACCGGGUGACGCCGCUGCAGAACUGCGACGCCGACGGAAUGGGACGUUGCACGCUGAGCAAGUUUGUUGAGAGCUUAAGCUUUGCGAGGAGUGGAGGCCGCUGGGAUCAAUGUUUUGUCUGA